AUGCAGAAAUACAUGCUACUGAGAAGAAGAAAGAAAGAAUGGACGAAAAACUGGAUUAAGAGGAGAAACGCUGGGAAAGGUGUGCUCUCCAUGCUUCAUAAAGAGUUGAGGAUAGAAGAUCGCACAUCCUUUGCAAAUUUUAUUCGAGUGGAUGUAUCGGCAUUUGAAGAACUGCUUCGUAUGGUUUCGCCUUUGAUUCAGAAGAAAGACACCGUGAUGCGUCAGGCAAUUACGGCGCGGGAAAGGCUUGCUGUCACACUGCGUUUCCUAGCGACCGGAAACACUUACAAAGAUUUGGCCUAUUCUACACGAAUAGCGAACAACACGCUCUCCCGUAUGAUACCAGAGACUUUGACGGCCAUAGCAAGCGUGUUAGGAGAUAAUGCGAUACAGUGUCCACGUGAUCCUGCCGAGUGGAAAGUAAUAGAAGAUGGGUUCCACAGCCUCUGGCAAUUCCCGCAUUGCAUUGGAGCACUUGAUGGGAAACAUGUCAAGUUUAGGCCUCUGCGCUCUGAUGGUUCAUCAUUCAGAAACUACAAAGGUCACGACAGCAUAGGUCUUUUAGCUCUAGUAGAUGCUGAUUAUAAAUUUUUGUUUGUGGACAUUGGCAGAAAUGGAAGAAUGAAUGAUGGUGCAAUAUUCAGAGAGAGUGCCUUGUUCGUGAAACUCAUGGAUGGUUCAUUAAAUUUGCCACCAAAGUCUCCACUUCCAGGUAGUGACAUCUGUGUUCCUUACACGUUUGUGGCAGAUGAUGCUUUUGCGUUAAAGGAAAAUUUAAUGAAACCAUAUCCUGAACGUGACAUGACACCUGAAAAAAGAAUUUUUAACUACAGAAUUUGUAGAGCACGUAGAGUUGUGGAAAAUGCCUUUGGCAUAAUGUCAAACAAAUUCAGAAUUUUGCUGCAGACUAUUCCAGUAUCUGUUUCCAAAGUAGAGCUCAUUACAAAAGUGUGUUGCUUGCUACAUAAUUUUGUACUUGCCAGAAACUCUCAAGGAUAUAUCCCUCCAAAUGUAGAUAAAUUACCAUGUCUUCCUGGCAUUGCUACUCAGGGUGCAAAUCAUAGUGCAGCCAGUGCAAGAGAAGUGAGACAACAUCUGAUAUGGUAUUUCAAUACUGUUGGCAGAGUUCCAUGGCAGGAAAGAUGCAGCUACCGAUACACCAACUACAUGAUAGGAUUCACGUUCAAGAAUGCUUGUGAAGUGUUCUGA